AUGGACAUAAGGUUAUCAAGACUUCGCUUUACAGAACUUGCAUGCUAUCUUAAUUUUACUACAAUCAUAGUUUUGCAAAAUACACCACAACAAUCUGUAAUCGAAACUAUAUCACAAACA